AUGGAUAAUCCUAUUGAACCAAAUGGAGUGAACAAUUAUGAACAUGCAUUUAUUUUAAUUGUAACACUUGAGGAUGGUAUGCAUUUGCUGUCCACAUAUGCGCUCGACUUGCACCUCAUAAUAAAAGCGACUGAAUUACUAAAGUACUAUAAAUCAAUUCACACAAGUAUAAUUCAGCGCAUAAGUCAGUUCAUAAUGAUCUCCAUGUCAAUUUUACAUAAAAUGUUGAAUUUCAAGAAGCCAAAGGUUGACGAACAAGGUUAUUCGACUCACAUUCGAUCUUGUAUGCGAUUAUCUGUUAGGGUUCUAGUAACAGCAUUUAGUAUUUCGGCUACAUUGGCUAUAAACUGCACAUGGCAAGAAAUUGUUGGAAAAAAUAUAACCACGUUUACAGCUCGACCAGUUUCACCCGGAAAACUGAAAAUAACUAACUCUAAUUGUACACAAGUAGCGCAAACUAAACAUUUCACAAUCAAAACUCAGUGCUUGAAUCUUGUUGAAUUCGACUUCAAGAGAUGA